AAAGUGGCAUUACAUGCUCUGAGCACUGACAAAGCAAAAUCUGCUUUUUACAAUGAGUUGAAAACUAAGAAUCCAGACCUGGUUGAAGAUCUUGAACAAGAAGAUGCUCAAUUUGUGGACCAUUGGAGUGCAGAUCUCAUCCAGAGUGUUACUGCUGUGAUGCCCAUUGCUGAUGUAAUGAGAGCUGUUACAAUAAUUGGCAGUGAAACAUACUCAAAGAUUCAUGCAGCCCCUACACAUAUGGAAAAAAUGAGAGAGCUCCUUAAGACUCUAAACUCUGACAAAGCAAAAUCUGCUUUAUACAGUUUGCUUAAAGACCAGCAGAUUUUCCUGGUUAAAGAGCUUGAACGAAAAGGAGUUCAACAAGGGAUUCCAAGGUCUUCGGGACAGACCUCAUCAAAAUUACUGAAAAUUGAAUCUCCCCCUCAACAUGCAGAAACAGUACAAGUGCCAACUAUCGAACAAAAGACAGAGAAGAAACAAAUCCCCAGGUGGAACAAAUCCUCCAAAAGACAUGGUACAAAACUAGAGGAGCUGUUAAAAGAGACUGACAUUGAAAAAGUAGGGAAUCUCUACUUUAAAAAACAUGAGAAGUACAUGAUUAGCCAUAGUGGAAGCGGCGCACAAGUAUAUAUUGGAUUGAGUGAAGAUGGCAUUGAGGUGGCCAUUAAACUAAUAACAAAGAACCCAAAGAACAACAAAGACUUUGAAAAUGAGCUGAACCAUUUGCAAGAUCUAAAGCUUGAGAGCCAGUAUAUCGUCAGAUAUGUGACCUUUGAAGUGGGUAAGGACUUUUUCUAUCUUGCAAACCGGCUUUGUGAAUACGAUCUAGUGGACUACAUGGACUAUCUUCGUGUCCAGGAGCAAAAGGACAAAGACAACGCUUUGAGGAAAAUAGUGAAGGAGAUGCUUCUUGGCCUUAAAGUCCUUCACGACGCUGGAGUGAUACAUCGUGACAUAAAGCCUAGAAAUGUUUUGAUAGACGUAGAUAAAAGGGCAAGGCUGGCUGACUUUGGUAUCAGUCGCAAACUGGAGGAGGGAAAAACCACAGUGUAUACUGACAGAGCUGGUACACGAGGCUGGGAGGCAACAGAGAUCCUGAAUCAGUCUGAAAAGGGCCGCUACAAAAAGAGCUCAGACAUCCAGGUUGCGGGAAUGUUAACCUAUUACAUCCUCUCUGAUGGGAAACAUCCUUUUGGAGAUGAACUCUGCUGUGAGGUGAACAUCUUUAAAGGGGAAUAUUCUCUUGACGAUGUCCGGGACAAAAAAGCAACGGAUCUCGUAGAAUGGAUGAUCAACAAAGACCAAAAUCAGAGACCACCCGUUCACAAGGUUUUAGAUAACCCUUAUUUCUGGGAUGAUAAAAGAUAUGAGGAAGUAAUUAAGAAGCUGGGCGAUCGACAUGAAGUCCAGUACUACAUUGGUAUUUCAGAAGCUUGCAAGAUUAAGAAAACCGAAAAAGUUCUACCAGCAGAAGCCAUUGAAAGGGCAUGCCGUAAACAAAAAGUGAAAGCUAAAAUCCUUGAGAUGCUAGGCGAAACAGAGGAAGUCCAGGGCAAAACCUUCGAAAAUCUUUCUAAGUUGUGCGACUAUUCAGAGAACUACACAAAAGGAAAAACAUUUAAUCAAUGGAAAUCAGAGCUUAAAGAUAGAUGGCCAGACAUUAACAUUGACAAAGAUACUCCAGAGGACUUGAUUGGCCUGCUCCGUUGUAUUCGCAACGACACAGUACACAAUUUGAAAUUUGAUAAAGAGAGGCUCGACCAUUUUCCAGAUUUCUUCAUCAGCUUAUACAGAUUGACUACAGACAUGGGCUGGGACUGUACCUGGUCUUAAGAUGAGCAAGGAGAACGUCUGCUGUGAGUG